CGUGGUCCCAAAAGAGUGUGCUACGUGCUCUUUUAGUUUGUGGAAUGACAUUUAUUCAAAAUAUUGAAGCAUCAGCAACGGCAUUCAUUCACGGAAAAGGACCAUUAAAAAAAAGUGUACCAAUUUCUCACAAAGAACUACUUUUAUGCCCGCGCUCUAGAACCGCCUGCGGUCUUUUCGAUUAUUUCGCCAAGCACCUGAUUCAAUUUUAAUUAGGCAAUUGAAGCUCUAACAACAAGGAGUUUUCCAUUUUCUUGGUUAUUCAGAAAAUUUUAUCUUGACUUUUCUCAAUAGCUUUUGAUCAUUUUUAUAAAAAUUUCUCCAGAUUAUCUUACUCAAAAAUCUUCUUCUUACCUGAUUAGAAAACUCUCAGAUUCAAUUUGUUGGCUGAUUAAAACUUAACAAGUUUUUGUUAAAUAUUGAAGAAAAUCAAUAAAAAAAAGUGUUUGAGAGAUGACGAUGAGAAAUUUAUUGUUGUUUUUCCUCGCUUUUAUUAAUCCGAAUACAGUACUCGGGUCUAUGAGACCUCGUCCCAUGUACAAUAUCAGCGCAAUUAACCGAGAGCCGUUUCUUUUUGAUCUGGUUGACCUUGAAAACAGCACGCGACGAAUCGGCUACAUUCAGGAUUUAGUUGACGAGUUGCAAAAACGACUCAAAUUCGACUACAAUUUCUUAUUCGUCCCAGACGGACACUAUGGAAUACCAAAUGAUAACCAAAAUUGGAACGGAAUGAUUGGCGAGUUGCUUCUCGGUAAAGCUGAUUUCAUUGCAGCCGACUUAACUAUCAACGCCGCUCGUUCUGAAGUCGUAGAUUUCACACCGCCUUUCAUGCAAAUCGAUUGGGGAGUCGUUUACAAAAAACCAGCGGUAACUUCAAACUUCCUGGCAUAUAUGAUGCCAUUUUCGAACGCAGUUUGGUACACUAUAAUAGGCAGUCUAUUGGUAACUUCGAGUUCCUUGUAUACAUUCGCGCAUUUCAACUCACAGGAUACUCGGCUUUCGAGUGCCGCCGCUUGUUUGUACUUCGGACUUGCCUGUCUUUUUGCCCAGGGGCCUGAGACCUAUCCGAAGUCAAUAGCUUCAAGAAUGACCGCAAUUUCUUGGUGGUUUUUCUCGCUCAUGAUGCUAACUUUAUACACUGCAAGCAUGACUUCUAUGCUUACUGUGAACAAAUCCGCGUUGCCUAUUGAAAAAAUUGAAGACUUAAUCGAUUACGGGGAACUUCAUUACGCUAUUGAGCCCGGUCAGGCGACCCAGUGGGCUUUUCAAAGCACGAGCUACGAGCCAUUCCGAACAAUGUGGGGAGACAUGGAAAGCCGAGACACGGGGCUAUUCGGACCCGAAGACGGAAUGAGCCGAGUGCGUUCCCGAAGCGACUUCGCAUUUAUACGAGAAUCACCAUAUAUCGCUUACGACUUGACGUUCGCGCCGUGUGAUCUCGAAGUGGUGUACAGUUCGCAGAACCCGAACUCCGGUUCGGGUUACGGGUUUGCGUUUCCGAAGGGAUCUCAGAUCGCGAGAAAUUUUUCGACUGCUAUUUUGGAACUCAUAGAGGAAGGAGUGGUCGCUGAAAUACAUGCAAAAUGGUUCACGACUCGCAACCAGUGCUCGGAGGCAAAGAAACUGGCGAGUAAUGUCGACGAAAUAGGAAUCGUGGAGAUCAGAGGGAUUUUCAUCACGUUUCUGGGCGGACUCGCGAUUGCUUUCCUGUUCUUCGUGAUCAAAAUUGGACUGAAUUUUUACGAUAAGAAGUGUAUAAACCCUCCCGAGAAAUGAAAACAAUGGAAAAGAAGUAAUUUCGACCUUUUCGGGAACUUUUCAUCACAUUUUAGUUUUCAUAGUGGCAAAUAUAUUCAAAAGAGGAUAGAUGAUGAAUUAGUAAAAGACAAAAAUGUACUUAUAUCUAUAAUCUAUUGUUUUCCCCAAUU